AUGGCCUCCGCGGGUGAGAGUCUACACCAGCGCGCCCUCGCUGUGCAACCCCAGCUGAAGCAGCUGAUCAAUAAUGACCUCAAGGCCAUAUGCAAGGCUGAGGGUCUUCAGGUCUCUGGAGUGAAAGCUGCGCUGCAAGACCGCAUUAUCACCCACCUCUCGCACCUGGUUCACAACCGUGACGCCGCCCGACUUGAUGGUGUCAUAGCUCGAAUCCACAACAAGGGCGCAUCGCCUCCACGUCAACUCGCUCCGGCGCCCGUCUCGGCCUACCCUGAUUCUGCGUCUCCAGUCUCCGCCCCAACGGGCCUGGCACCGGGCCCGCACCCAAACCAAGCAUACGCCAUGCCUUCGCGCCCGCGCCAGCCUUUGUUUCCGCAGCGCUUUCAAUUCAAGGAUAGCCCAUUCUACGAGAUCUUGGAAUGCAUAGCUCCAACCAUUGAGCUUCAGAUACUUCCGAGCAAUCGUAGCAGCACCCAGUCCAGCUUUGUUCUCUCCCAGGAACAUGCCGAGCUCUUGAGAAGCGACCCCGGCCUGCGCGUAAUGCUGUUCUCGGCCGCGGACCCUCUGCUUGGGCCAUAUGCGCGUGCCGACAUCGCGUUUCCUUCUCAACUUGAAGUGAAGCUCAAUGGAGAGGAAGUCAAGUCAAACUUCAAGGGCCUGAAAAACAAGCCUGGCUCGACUCGACCCGCGGAUAUCACCGAUCCCAUUCGUAAAAUUGCAAACUACAAAAACAUCAUCCAGGUCACGUACGCGUUGACGCAGAAGGCAAGGAAGUACAUUUUCGUCGUGAACCUCGUCCGGAAGCACUCUGUAGAGGAGCUAGCCAUGCGCAUCAGCGGACGCAGAGUGCUCACCAAAGAAAGCGUUCUCGCCGAGAUGGCUAGCAGAGCAAAUGACGAUGACAUCGUCGUCGGCAGCUCGGUCAUGUCUCUAAAGGACCCCGUAUCUUAUGUCCGGAUAUCCCUGCCGUGCAGGUCAUCGGUGUGCACGCACAACCAAUGCUUCGAUGCGACUUUCUUCCUCCAACUGCAAGAGCAAGCGCCCACUUGGCAGUGUCCGUGCUGCAAUAAGACGAUUUCAUAUGAAGCCCUGGCCGUCGAUCAGUACGUCCAAGACAUACUUCAAAAGACCUCGUCAUCGGUCGAGAAGGUAACCAUCGAACCGGAUGGUAAAUGGACUCCGGGCGAUCGCGUGGAAUCUCAGACACGGAACGGCACGAGCGACAACGGUGCUGGUGACGAUAGCGACGACGAUGAUCUGGUGGAGAUCUCGGACUAUCGGGUCGCAAACCUGAAGCAGGAGCAGUCACAGACCCCAGUCUCUGGCGCACACACCCCGCCAGGCUCCUCGCGCGAACAGUCAGCGGCCGCCGCGCCAGCCACCAACUCGCGCAGCAAGCGGAAAUCUGAAGUCAUUGACUUGACCUUGAGCGACGAUGACGAGCCCCCUCGUCCAGCAAAGAGGCAAGCUUAUAAUACUCCCAAUAGCUUACCCGAUUCCGCUCCCCGUCCCUUCCGUCCGCUUGUUAUGCCUCAUCCGAGUAGCGCAUACUCGCGGCCCACGGCUCCUUUGUCUCCGUUCCGUCUCCCUGAACAUGGUGCUAAUCGUGCACCGAAUCCUUUAGGUCCACCGGUUAACCCUAGGUCAAGGCAGUCAAUGGACGGCGGCUAUCGGCCUCCGUAUCCUUUUCCGGAUUAUCGGUCGCCUUGA